AUGUCUGGCUCUGAGCUCCCAACUAUUGGAAACCAGUCCAUCUGCACCAAAUUCACGUUUGUGGCUUUUUCCUCCCUAGCAGAGUUGCAGUUGGUGCUGUUCGUUGUGUUUCUAAUCAUCUAUUUAUUUACUGUGGGAGGAAACUUCAUCAUCAUCUUCCUGAUCGGGGUCACCCCUUCCCUGCACACUCCCAUGUACUUCUUCCUGGUGAACCUCUCCUUUUUAGAGAUGUGCUAUAUUACCAGUGUGGUGCCUCAGAUGCUGGUGCACCUGCUGGUGGAGUCCAAGACCAUCAGUGUGGCAGGCUGUGCAGCCCAGAUGUACAUAUUUACCAUACUGGGCCUGACAGAAUGCUGCUUGCUCGCUGCCAUGGCUUAUGACCGCUUUGUAGCAAUUUGCUACCCACUGCAUUACACCCUCCUGAUGGGCCCUCGCAUGUGCCUGCAAUUGGCUGCAGCAUCUUGGAUCACUGGGGUGGUGGUGGAGUCAGCCCAGACCACGUGGAUCUUCACUUUGCCCUUCUGUGGAACCGGGAUGAUUCAGCACUUUUUCUGCGAUAUCAUGCCUGUGGUGAAACUGGCCUGCGUGGAUACCUCCCACAAUGAGGUGGUGUUAUUUUGUGUGUCUGUGCUCUUCAUUAUGAGCCCCUGCCUCCUUAUUCUCUGCUCCUACACACGCAUUCUUGUGACCAUCUUGGGAAUCCCUUCAGCAGCUGGCAGACGCAAAGCUUUCUCCACCUGUUCCUCUCAUAUCCUGGUGGUUUCUCUGUUCUAUGGCACAGCUCUGUUCACCUACCUCCAGCCUAAGACUGCACACACCCCAGAAACAGACAAAGCCACUGCACUCAUGUACACAGUGGUCACACCUGCUCUGAAUCCUGUUAUCUAUACCUUGAGGAACAAAGAAGUGAAGGAAGCCUUCCAAAGGUUAACACAGAAGAACCCUCUUAGGCAAAUGGACCAAGCUAGUCAUGGUAGCUGA